AUGGUAACCCUUAAGUAUAGAUCGGAUCUGGGAUUAGCAGGUGAGUGUCUGGGAUCAUCUUCACUAGGCUGGUUGGCCUUCAUCGAUGCCGACUAUGGUUCUAUUACACUUUUGAAUCCCUUCACCCAAAAUACUGAUAAUCACUAUCACGCUACUCCUCCACUUGUUAAGCUUCCGCCUGCGACUACGUUGCCUGAUGCGGACUAUUUCGUACGGAUUUGGAGAAUUGAACAAAGAUACAGCAUGGGAAACUUUGGUGGUUUCGUGCACAACAUUGUUUGGUCAUCGAACCCCAUGUCCUCUGAUUGCACCGUCAUGGUCGUCUAUGGUCCAAACCAAGAUGUUGCAUUCUGUAGACCCGGAGACAAAUCGUGGUCUACUUAUCCCGUGUAUCGGCUUGGUGGUUGUAUGCAACUAGCUUAUUCCAACAAGAAGAAAUUGUUCUACGCCAGGGGAUGGGAUAGAGACGCAUUUGAUUGUUGGGAUCUUCGAAACCCUUGUUGUCCUAGGAUGGUUCACCGCUUUUAUCACCCUUCUUGCCAUGCUAAUAAUAAUUACGACAAGUAUGGAUCGAGAUUGGAGUACUUCAUGGAAUCGUCGGGAGAUAUUCUCCUGGUUGUUAGGUAUAUAGGUCUGGCUACGCGGCCCCCUAUAAAGACAUUUAGAUUUGAUGUUUUCAAGGUUGAUCUCGAACAUGAAAAACUAGUGGAAAAAGUGGAGUGCCUUGGUGAUCGUGUGUUGUUUCUUGGUCUCAAACAAUCGUUUUCUGUGUCGGCUCGAGACUUCCCGGAGUUGAAGCCUAAUUCCAUUUACUUUACUCACGGUGAUCAGGAAUACCAGCCUGGAGUACCAGUUAGUGAUGAUGGGAACACUAGGCAUGUGAAGAGAUUGUUAGAUAUAACAUACAAAUAUGAUGAUGUGGGAAUUUACUCCUUACAAGAUGGCAAGAUGCUACCAUCACACCCCUUGGUGACAAGAAGGAUGAUAUUCAUCUUUACCGGCCAGGCUCUUGGGUCAUCCCAUUCCCGCGUGCAUGAGCAUGAUAGUUAUUUCUUUUUUCUCUUAUGA